AUGGAAUCUAGAAAUAAAACUAUAAUUUCAGAAUUACUUCUUCUGGGGUUUUCAGAGGGACCAGAAUUGCAGCCCUUCCUCUUUGGGCUCUUCCUAUCCAUGUACCUGGUCACUGUCUGUGGGAACCUGCUCAUCAUCCUGGCCACCAUCACUGACUCCCACCUCCACACACCCAUGUACUUAUUCCUCUCCAACCUGUCUUUUUCUGACGUCUGUUUUAUCUCCACCACCAUCCCAAAGAUGCUUGUGAAUUUACAGACACAGAGAAAAAUCAUUUCUUAUGCAGGCUGUCUUGCCCAGAUGUACUUUUUCUUACUCUUUGCAGUUUUGGAGAACUUUCUUUUGACCGUGAUGGCCUAUGAUCGCUUUGUAGCCAUCUGUCACCCCCUCCACUACAAGGUCAUUAUGAAUCCUCAGCUCUGUGUCAAGCUGGUUAUGGGGUCCUGGACCGUGAGUGCCCUGCAUUCCUUGGUACACAGCUUAAUGAUGUUGCAGCUCUCCUUUUGUACACACUUAGAAAUCCCACACUUUUUCUGUGAACUUAAUCAGAUGGUCCAUCUUGCUUGUUCUGACAACUUCAUCAAUAACACAGUGAUUUAUUUUGCAACUGGAUUGCUGGGUGUGUGUCCACUUGCUGGAAUACUUUUCUCUUACUCUAAGAUUGUUUCCUCCAUACUUGCAAUCUCAUCAGCUCAGGGUAAAUAUAAAGCAUUUUCCACGUGUGCAUCUCACCUCUCAGUGGUCUCCUUAUUUUAUUGUACAAGCCUAGGAGUGUACUUUAGUUCUGUUGGUGCACAUAACACAGGUUCAAAUGCAGCAGCCUCAGUGAUGUAUGCCAUAGUCACCCCUAUGAUGAACCCAUUUAUCUACAGUCUGAGGAACAGAGAUAUAAAAGGGGCUCUAAAAAAAGUCUUUGAAUGGAAGUACUAA